AUGUCUGAGACGAUCCGGCGAUGUCCCUAUUUUCUGCCCAACAAGGGCCGGCCGUGUGGAGUACAGCUUCGCAGCGACACGCAGUACUGCUAUAACCACCUGCCGCAGGGCAAGCUGUUUUCCAAGACGAAAAACGGGAAAACCGUCACCAGAGUCCCGUGUCCUUUAGACCCGUCGCAUACGGUUUGGUCUGACAAGUUGAGCCGUCAUCUCAAAACGUGCAACACUUUGAAAAAGAAGCUAGAAUUUGAGUCCAACGUGAGCAAAUUUCCCUGGCUGGUGGUGGAUUUUAACGUCCAAGGAGAAUUUGCGCUGGAAAACAAGCCGCUGGAUUACACCGAGUUUGCAGCGUUUGUGCGCCGGUUCAGCGACACUUACAAACAGUUGUAUUCCUCAGAUCUUGAAAUGAACCAGAUCGACUACAAAUACGGGCUCGAAGAGCGGAUGAACGAGGUCAGUAACCGCAAGCACGUGACGCAGCAGGCCUCGCUCAUUGGCCACAUGGCGCACGAAAAUCUGCUCGGCGACGGCACAACUUACGUUGAAUUCGGCUGCGGCCGCGGCGAGUUUGCUAGGUAUCUUUUGCGGGCACUGGAUACGGAUCCAGGGCUGGUAGCAAGCGACAAACAGGUGCUGCUGAUCGACAGACAGUCGCCACGGAUGAAGUUCGACACUAAAAUGAGAGAGGAGCACACCAGGGGUGCAGUUUGUGUCACCCGGUUCAAAACUGAUAUCAAGGACCUGGACUUGGCGACGGCAGUCAGUAGCCUAGAGAUCCCGGGCAAGGUUGUUGGAUUUUCAAAGCAUCUAUGUGGAACCGCAACAGACCUCACCUUGCGGUGUCUGCUGAACGCGCGGAAAGAUCCCAAGUUCCAGUUCUCUGGCUUUUUGGUGGCUAUGUGCUGUCGCCACGCUUGUAAAUAUAACUGGCUGCUCGAAGAGUCGCGUACUUACCUGAAGGAGAAAUUUGGUGUUGGACAGCAGGAGUUUCUCUAUUUGUCCAAAAUGGCUUGCUGGGCCACGAGUGGAGUCCGGCCCGGAAUGAGCGAGAACGACGGAGCAGACCAUUUUACGGGGCUCAAUUUGAGGGACAGAACAGAGAUCGGGCGCCAGGCCAGACGAGCGAUCGACGAGAGCCGCGCCCACGCUAUGAAACAGCAUGGAUUCUCGGCAAAAUUGUUCAACUACGUGAGUGCAGACGUCAGCAUGGAAAAUAGCUGCAUGCUGAUAAAAAAUAUAUGUUAA